CCGUGGAAGGAGACUUUCUUAGGUAUCUUGAAGCGUUUGCGCCAUUCCUUUAUGGUGCACUAUCAAACCAUGAAGAAUACCAGCUUUGUUCAAUUGCAGUUGGACUUAUCGGAGAUAUAUGUCGUGCGCUCCAAGAACAAUCAUUACCCUAUUGCGAUACUUUUAUGAAUGUUCUGUUACAAAACCUUCAGAGUCCCGUGUUAAAUAGGAACGUCAAACCCGCAAUUCUUUCAUGCUUUGGUGAUAUUGCUCUCGCCAUAGGUGGUAGAUUCGAAGUAUACUUGGAAAUAGUAAUGCUGGUGCUCUUACAAGCCAGUAAUAUGCGUGCUGAUGGUGUAAAUGUGAUGACUAAUUAUGACAUGAUAGAUUACGUCAUUGCAUUAAGAGAGGGAAUACUGGAAGCAUAUGUUGGCAUUGUACAAGGCCUAAAGUCUGGUGAAAAAGCUGAUUUGCUUAUGCGAUAUAUUGAUCAAAUAUUCAAUUUCAUGAAUAUGACUUGGAAUGAUCAUGAAAAGACUGAAAUUAUCAUUCGAAGCAUGAUUGGCCUAAUUGGUGAUUUGGCGGAAGCAUUCCAAAAUGGUCAGAUUAAGCAAUGGUUCCAGUACGAUUGUGUUACGCAGGUGUUAAGAGAAGGUAGAAACAAUCGUAAUUUGCCUAACGGAACAAGAGAAGUCACUCGAUGGGCUAAAGAG